AUGGAUGGCCAUGGCUCUGCUCGUGCGCCUGAGGCUCCGUGGAGGAAGAUGUCUGCACAGGAGUUGGAGAAUCAGUACGCCCCCAGCAGAUGGGUCGUCCGACUGGGAGCAGAGGAAGCCUUGAAGACCUACUCACAGAUAGGAAACGAGGCCACCAAGAGGGCCCGGGCCACCAGGAAGACCCUGCUGCAAGUGCCCUACGGAGAUGGCGAUGGGGAGAAAGUGGACAUCUACUUUCCUGACAAGGUGUCGGAAGCCUUACCUUUCCUCAUGUUUGUUCAUGGAGGAUACUGGCAGAGUGGAAGCAAAGACAGUUCGGCCUUCAUGGUCAACCCGCUGACGGCUCAAGGAGUGGCCGUGGUGAUAGUGGCUUAUGACAUCGCCCCCAAAGGCACCCUGGACCAGAUGGUGAACCAGGUGACCCGGAGCAUUGCGUUUGUCCAGAAGCAGUAUCCCUGCAAUGCGGGAAUUUACUUGUGUGGACACUCAGCCGGGGCCCAGCUGGCCGCCAUGAUGCUCCUGGCUGACUGGACCAAGCAUGGAGUCACACCCAACCUCAAAGGCUUUUUCCUGGUGAGUGGGGUCUACGACCUGGAGCCUAUAGUGUACACUUCACAGAAUGCCCUUGUGCACCUGACCCUGGAGGAUGCUCAGAGGAACAGCCCACAGCGACACCUGCAGGUGGCCCACACGCAACCCGUGGAUCCAGCCUGCCACAUGCUGGUGAUUGUGGGCCAGCACGACUCCCCCGAAUUCCACCGACAGUCCAGGGAGUUUUACCAGACACUGUGCCAAGCAGGGUGGAAAGCCUCGUUUGAAGAACUCCACGAUGUGGAUCACUUUGAAAUCAUUGAGAAUCUAACCCGGGAGGAUGACACGCUCAUCCAGAUUAUUUUGAAAACAAUCUUCCAGGAGUUCUGAUGACACCUGGACCCCAGCCCAUGUGCACCCCGACACGUGCAGUCUCUUCAGAGAGCCUUCUAGCUGCAGCUGACAGCUUCAGCUUUCCCCAGCGCCCGAGAGAAUCUUGGUCUAUCUGCCUGCCCCAGCAAGAGUCCAUCUUUCUCACUGCCGACCCCUGUGUAAGGGCUUCCCAAAGCCAGGCUUUCUUUUUCCUUUUUCUUUGGUCUCUGUCCACUCUGUCCUAGGUUCCACCUGACAUUUGGGUCUGUCCCUGAAGCCCUGGGAUCUUAUCCUUGCAUCUAACACCUUGACCUUGAAAGGAUAAUGCCAUCCACAGGUAGGACAAGCUUCCUCCACCACACAACA